AUGAAAGUUCUAAGGGAAAAAAGAAUUAGAACAUCAGGAAGAAAACGGAAGCAGAACCGCGCCUUCUACAUCGCGAAGAAGAAACUUCAAAGUGCCGGGCACCUCCAACCAACCACCGAAUUAGUGAGGAAAUACCUGCAAGAAAGACGGUUACCGACCACAAACGCGUUGCUAAAUUCACACGACAAUAACUCAGACUGUGUCGCGAUAGAUGUGAAUAAUAACGAAGACGCAAAGUGUUGCAAAAGCGAAGUGAUCCAUAAAACCACUCCACAAACAUUGGAAGGAAGGGACAUCACCACGCUGGAGGGAAAUCACUGGCUAAACGACCAAGCCAUCAACGCCUACAUGGGCCUAAUACAAAAAAAUAGUGAAAUAAUCUCACCUUCAAGAGUUCACGUUAUGAAUUCCUUCUUCUAUACCACACUGAAGAACCAAGGUUUCAACGCAGUGAAACAGUGGACUAAAGCCGUCGACAUUUUCUCGAAUUUGGGACGAGACAAUGACGAGUGCCUAGGAAUAAUUCUCGCGUACCUGGCACAGGAGAGCUGGGAUAAGAAAAAAGUGAUGCUAAACAUGGGACUCUGGAACACAUACAACAAAAAACAGAUACCGCGACAAUCAAACAGCUACGACUGCGGAGUGUUUACCUGUAUGUACGCGAAGCUGCUGUCCACAGGGGCGCCGAUCAACUUCCACGAAACAGACGUGCCGCGGAUCCGAAGCACCAUGAUCAAGGAACUCCAAAUCGGCGAGCUGGAAUAA